AUGCCUGGAAAGAAGAUCCGCUGUGGUGCCAAGGAGUGCAAGGAGGCUGCUCAACGCAUCGUCGGUGACUGCGGCUUCUGCAAAGGCCACUUCUGCGGGCGCCAUCGUCUCUUGGAAGACCACAAGUGCAGCGGCCUUGAGGACUGCAAGAAGCAAUCACACGAACGCAACGCUGCCCAGCUCAACGCUGAGCGUACGCAAGUCAUCCGAGGCGUCUAA